AUCGGUGGCAGGAAUGACGGAUAAUAUUCCGCUGCAGCCUGUGAGACACAAAAAACGACACGACAAUAAACAUAGAAAUGGGUGCUGCCCGUGGUCACGGUGCUGUGGGAUGGGAGAUUUCCGCCCUCGUACCGUGUGGCUGGGACACCCAGAGAAAAGAGAGCAGAGGUACCCCAGAAACGUCAUCAACAACCAGAAGUACAAUUUCUUCACCUUCCUGCCUGGGGUGCUGUUUAACCAGUUUAAGUACUUCUUCAACCUGUACUUUCUGCUCCUGGCCUGCUCCCAGUUUGUGAAUGAACUGCGAUUAGGGGCACUCUACACUUACUGGGUUCCACUGGGGUUUGUUCUCAUCAUUACCAUAGUGAGAGAAGCGGUUGAAGAGAUGCGAUGUUUUCUGCGGGAUAAAGAGGUUAAUUCACAAAUCUACAGUAAACUCUCCACAAGAGGUACGGUUAAAGUGAAGAGUAGUGGAAUUCAGGUUGGAGAUCUAAUCAUUGUGGAGAAGAAUCAACGUGUUCCUGCCGACAUGAUUUUCCUAAGAACCUCAGAAAAAAAUGGCUCAUGCUUCCUGAGAACUGACCAAUUAGAUGGAGAGACAGACUGGAAGCUCCGCCUCCCAGUGGCCUGUACACAGAGACUGCCCACUGCGGCCGAUCUUCUUCAGAUCAGAUCAUACGUGUAUGCUGAAGAACCCAACAUUGACAUCCAUAACUUCAUCGGCACAUUCACACGAGAGGAUGGAGACCCUCCAGUGAAUGAGAGUUUGAGUAUUGAGAACACACUUUGGGCCAGCACUGUCAUCGCCUCUGGUACAGUGGUGGGAGUUGUAAUUUACACUGGUAAAGAGCUGCGCAGUGUUAUGAAUACGUCCAAUCCCAGGCAUAAGAUCGGACUAUUCGACCUGGAGGUCAACUGCCUGACAAAGAUCUUGUUUGGAGCGUUAGUGGUAGUGUCUCUUGUCAUGGUUGCCCUUCAGCACUUUGCAGGUCGCUGGUAUCUCCAGAUCUUCCGUUUCCUACUGCUCUUCUCCAACAUUGUUCCCAUCAGUUUACGUGUGAAUCUGGAUAUGGGCAAGAUGGUUUUUAGCUGGAUGAUCAAGAAAGACUCCAAAAUCCCUGGGACUGUUGUCAGAGCCAGUACAAUUCCAGAGCAGCUUGGCCGGAUCUCUUACCUGCUAACGGACAAAACCGGGACACUCACCCAGAACGAGAUGGUGUUCAGGCGUCUCCACCUCGGAACCGUGGCCUAUGGAAUGGACUCAAUGGACGAGGUGCAAAGUCACGUGUUCAGCGCCUACACUCAGCCUCCUCAUGACCUCCCAGCCUCCAGAGUUCCUGCCGCCACCAAAGUGAGGAAGACCAUCAGCAGCCGUGUGCAUGAGGCAGUGAAGGCCAUCGCUCUGGUACACAACGUGACACCCGUGUACGAAUCCAACGGAGUGACUGACCAGGCUGAGGCAGAACAGCAUUAUGAGGAUGCGUGCAGGGUCUACCAGGCCUCCAGCCCUGAUGAGGUGUCGCUGGUGCAGUGGACAGAGAGCGUGGGCCUGACGCUGGUCGGAAGAGAUCAGUCCUCCAUGCAGCUGAGGACCCCUAGUGGACAAAUCCUGAGCUUCACCAUCCUGCAGAUUUUCCCUUUCACCUACGAGAGUAAACGCAUGGGCAUCAUCGUGAGAGAUGAGUCCACUGGAGAGAUCACCUUUUAUAUGAAGGGAGCAGACGUGGUGAUGGCUGGUAUCGUCCAGUACAACGACUGGCUGGAAGAAGAGUGUGGGAACAUGGCCAGAGAAGGCCUGCGAGUGUUGGUAGUUGCUAAGAAAUCCCUAACAGAGGAGCAGUACCAGGACUUUGAGACCCGCUACGUCCAGGCCAAGCUGAGCGUGCAUGACCGUUCGCUGAAGGUUGCCACGGUGAUAGAAAGCCUGGAGAUGGAGAUGGAACUGCUGUGUCUGACCGGGGUGGAGGAUCAGCUGCAGGCCGACGUCAGGCCCACGCUGGAGAUCCUCCGCAACGCCGGCAUUAAAGUUUGGAUGCUGACAGGAGACAAACUGGAGACCGCAACCUGCACAGCCAAAAACGCCCACCUAGUGACCCGGAGUCAGGACAUUCAUGUGUUCAGACCUGUGACCACGAGAGGUGAGGCCCACCUGGAGCUGAACGCGUUCAGGAGGAAACAUGAUUGCGCCCUGGUGAUAUCAGGAGACUCACUAGAGGUGUGUCUGAAGUUCUAUGAGUACGAGUUCAUGGAGCUAGCGUGUCAGUGUCCGGCUGUGGUCUGCUGUCGCUGUGCCCCCACGCAGAAAGCCCAGAUCGUCCGUCUCCUGAAGGAGCGCACAGGCAAACUCACUUGCGCCGUGGGGGAUGGAGGAAAUGAUGUCAGCAUGAUCCAGGAAGCUGACUGUGGCGUGGGAGUGGAGGGCAAAGAAGGGAAGCAGGCCUCUCUGGCUGCUGAUUUCUCUGUGACCCAGUUUAAACACCUGGGACGACUCCUCAUGGUCCACGGUCGAAACAGCUACAAGAGAUCUGCCGCCCUCAGCCAGUUCGUCAUUCACAGGAGUCUGUGUAUCAGCACUAUGCAGGCUGUGUUCUCUUCUGUGUUCUACUUUGCUUCGGUUCCUCUGUAUCAAGGUUUCCUCAUCAUUGGCUAUUCCACUAUCUACACCAUGUUUCCUGUCUUUUCCCUGGUUUUGGAUAAAGAUGUCAAAUCAGAGGUUGCCAUGCUGUACCCUGAACUAUACAAGGAUCUGCUGAAGGGCCGGCCUCUCUCCUUUAAAACAUUUCUCAUAUGGGUGUUGAUAAGCAUCUACCAAGGCAGCAUCAUCAUGUACGGAGCCCUGUUGCUGUUUGAGUCAGAGUUUGUGCACAUUGUUGCCAUCUCCUUCACCUCCCUCAUCCUGACGGAGCUCCUCAUGGUUGCCCUGACCAUUCAAACCUGGCACUGGCUCAUGAUCGUGGCCGAGCUGCUCAGUCUCGCCUGCUACAUCGCCUCGCUCGUUUUCCUGCACGAGUUUAUUGAUGUCUACUUCAUCACUACCCUGUCUUUCGUAUGGAAGGUGACUGUCAUCACCCUGGUCAGCUGUCUGCCCCUCUAUGUCCUCAAAUACCUCCGCAGACGCUUCUCUCCACCCAGCUACUCCAAACUCACCACUUAGAGCC